CCCUCAUCAGAUCUUAGCAGAGAUGCCCCCAUGCAGGUUGGCUGUCGUGUGUGGAGGAGUCCUCGGACCCCCUCUUAGAUCAUCUCCACAUACUCCCCCAGGUCUGAGAUUCAUUACCCAUAGCAGGUUUCCGUCACACACAAUGUCAGAUCAGCGAAGGGCCUCUCCAUCCCGAGGGGCUUUCCCUCCUAGGGGAAUGGGCAGAGAACAAAGGGGCUCCUAAUUCAAGGCAGGCCUAAGAGAGGGUCAGAAAGAACUUUAGCUGGGGGUAUUUACAGAUGUGAUCUCUAAUCCUUGAGAAUUCUUGAAAAAUAGGCAAGGUGCCAAAAGAAGAGAAAUGGCCUGGCCCUCCAAAGGAAAAAGCAAACUCAGGGAAUUAAGGACAGUGAACUUGCCCCUAAGCCCUGGUGACGUUCUGCAGCAGCCCGUUGAGGGAUGUGUUUGAGCGCCAGCGCUCCUCAGCGACAGAUACGGCCGCCUCUGCAGUGUCCGAAGGCCCCGGUGUGCUGACCUAGGCCCUCCUGUGGGUGUAGAGGCAUCACCACUUUGCACUGUCAGACUCUGCAUGGAGUGAGAGCAGAGACUGACCCGAGCACUUCCCAUCCCAGGCAUUUCAGUUCUUAGUGAGAAGUCAGGCGCACAGGGGAAGAGAGGGGCUUUGGAGCUCUACUCUGGCUCUGGCUCUGCCACUCACUCCCUAAACCGGCAGCCUCAGCACCCUCAUCCGUAAAAUGGAGAGUUUUGCCUGCGGGGUUCAGCACAGUGCCAGCCUGACGUGGGAACCCCCUGGACGAUCAGCUGCCAUUACUCUCCUGCGUCCUGGAGGUGACCCGUCCUGGUUAACAGGCAACCCCUCUGGGAAGACCCAGCACAGCCACACAGCAGCAGGAGGCUGGCGCACGGCCAAGAAGGCAGGAAGGGGGGCGGGCGGCUGCAGCUCCUCCUCUUCCUGCUUCCUCCCUGCUCCACCCCCUGCCUAGGGCAGUGCAAAGGCCAAUCGCUAGCAAACUCCCUGCCUAGCAAGGCCCAGCCUGGGGCAGAAAUGGCUGCAAGUGGCCGAGGACUCUGCAAGGCUGCGGCCGCCUCUCCCUUCCCUGCUUGGAGACGAGCUCACUCGGAAGCCCGGGGAGGGCUAAAGCCUGAGUAUGAUGCGGUGGUAAUAGGAGCAGGACACAACGGACUGGUGGCUGCAGCAUACCUGCAGAGACUGGGGGUGAACACCGCCAUCUUCGAGACACGCCAUGUGAUCGGCGGUGCAGCAGUCACUGAGGAGAUCAUCCCAGGUGAGCUCUGUGUGCUGCAGAAACAUGGGCUGAGGCUUCAUCUUCGAAACCCCCACUCCUUCACCCCCAUGCUGGAAGAGGGUGCAGGCGGCAAGGUGCCCAGGUCCCUUCUGCUGGGCACAGACAUGGCAGAAAACCAGAAGCAGAUCGCCCAGUUCUCCCGGAAAGAUGCCCAGGCCUUUCCCAGAUACGAGGAGUUCAUGCACUGCUUGGCAUUAGCCAUUGACCCUCUGCUGGAUAUGGCCCCCGUGGACAUGGCGGCCUUCGAGCGUGGCUCCCUGCUGCAAAGGAUCAGGUCACUCUCCACCCUCAAGCCCCUGCUGAAGGCAGGCCGCAUCCUGGGAGCCCAGCUUCCCCGGUAUUACGAGGUCCUCACAGCUCCCAUUACCAAGGUGCUGGAUCAGUGGUUUGAGUCCGAGCCUCUAAAAGCCACUCUAGCCACAGAUGCUGUGAUUGGAGCCAUGACAAGUCCCCGAACUCCAGGGAGUGGGUAUGUGCUGCUGCAUCAUGUGAUGGGGGGCCUGGAGGGGACACCGGGGGCCUGGGGCUACGUCCAGGGGGGCAUGGGUGCCCUCUCUGAUGCCAUCGCAAGGUCAGCCACCACACAUGGAGCAAGUAUCUUCACUGAAAAGACAGUGACGAAGGUGCAGGUGAACAGCGAAGGCUGCGUGCAAGGAGUUGUGCUGGAAGAUGGCACAGAGGUGAGAAGCAAAGCGGUGCUGUCCAGCACAUCACCACAGAUCACCUUCCUGAAGCUGACACCACAGGAGUGGCUUCCUGAGGAGUUCGUGGAGAGAAUCUCUCAGCUGGACACCCGGUCUCCUGUCACCAAGAUCAACGUGGCCGUAGACAGGCUGCCCAGCUUCCUGGCGGCCCCCAAUGCUCCCGGAGGCCAGCCACUGCCCCAUCACCAGUGCUCCAUCCACCUGAACUGUGAAGACACCCUCCUCCUGCAUCAGGCCUUUGAAGAUGCCAUGGACGGGCUGCCUUCCCACAGGCCUAUGAUUGAGCUCUGCAUCCCUUCCUCGCUGGACCCCACUCUGGCUCCCGCUGGCUGCCACGUAGUCUCCCUCUUCACUCAGUACACGCCCUACACGCUGGCUGGAGGCAAGGCCUGGGACGAGCAGGAGAGAAACGCUUAUGCAGACAGAGUGUUUGAUUGCAUCGAGGCCUAUGCGCCCGGCUUCAAGGACUCUGUGGUUGGCAGAGACAUCCUCACACCCCCAGAUUUGGAGAGAAUCUUUGGGCUUCCUGGAGGGAACAUAUUCCACUGUGCCAUGACCCUGGACCAGCUCUACUUUGCCCGCCCUGUGCCCCUGCACUCCGGCUACCGCUGCCCUCUCCAGGGCCUGUAUCUCUGUGGAAGUGGGGCUCACCCUGGAGGAGGCGUGAUGGGAGCCGCUGGGCGAAAUGCAGCGCAUGUGGUCUUUGGGGACCUCAAGAGCUUGUGACCCCGAACCAACUCUCAUGCAGAAAGAAGAAAGCUUGACCCCUGAAUUCUAGGUGCCCCAUUGGAUCAGCCUCCCAGGAAACUCAGCUUCGGGGUUAGUACUGGAGGCCACCAAGUCCUCAAUGCUCAAGCAAUUAUUUUAGAAAAAACGUACAAGUUACAUUUAGUGAAAGGUAACCUUAUGCCCAUGCCUCCGUACAUGGACUGGUUUUGUUUUAUUAAAACUAAUAUUUCAUACAGAUUA